UUACUGGCAGGAAAGAAGGAAGUGCAUUUUUACAGAAAGAAAAGUGAAACUGAACCGUAGACUACCUUACGUGCAAAUGUAAAGAGACCGCAUUUGAGAAAGGGAGCGAUGGAAGACUGUUUCCCUUUCCCCCUCUGGGUGGAAGGAGACUGGAACCCGGGUACCCCUAAAUUGAAAAACAAGCUUAACAUUUACUUCCAGAGUAGAAAGUCUAACGGCGGUGACUGUUUGGUAGAAUACGAAGCAUCAGAUGGACAGAGAGCGGUCGUGCGGUUCAAAACCCAAGAAGUAAGACAGAGAGUUCUUGAGAAGGAAGGACACGAAUUGAAACUUGGGCAUGGAGUGCUGAAGCUGAUCGUCGGACUGCCGCAAUCUGAAGAGAAGUGCAGUAACUUCCCCGGAACAUCAGGUGAAAUCUCAUCAGUCCCCCCUGCCAGUCUGCCUACUGUGUCUGAUGGAGCGGAUGGAAAGGGACCCUCCAUCCAGACCCAUGAGGAGACCAUGGAAACGGACGCAGUGCAGGAGGAGGUGGAGGCAGAGGAAGAGGCAGAGGUGGAGACGGUCUCUGUGCUGCUGGAAAAUGUCCCAGAGAAAAUGAGCAGGGAGAUGAUGGAGAUGUUGGUGGAGAACAUCAGUGACACUUCUGCGGAACAGGAGGACUUCAGCCUGGAAAUCAUUCCUGACAUCAGUGCGACUGUGGUGUCCUUUAAGAACAGCAAAAAAGUGUCUCAUUUCCUUUCAAAGUGCUCAAGCAGCAAGAUGUUUAAGAGGAAUAAUUUAUCUGCCAGGACCCUUGAAGUUACAAAGAGUGUGAAAGUUGACAAAAUACCUCCUAAAGUCAGCACUGAUUAUCUUCAGCUCUACUUUGAACGAGAAGGAAAAGGAGAAGUAGAAGAAGCAAUAAAACUGGAACAUGAACAAUCUGCACUCAUAACUUUCAGACAUCAUAAAGGUGUGAAUGAAGUCAUGAAAAAAUUGCAUUGCAUUCAGGAAACAACUGUUGGAGUGUAUCCAUAUUACAAAUCUCUGGGAACAGCUUUGUACGGUAAAGAGAGACCCACGUUGAAGUUGCCAGAUUCGUUUACUGAGAGCAUGGAUGCUGCUGUGUGGAAAUUCCUGCAAGACAAAAAACUGGUCGAAGAGAUCAAUGAAAUAAUGGCUGUGAAUUUCUGCAAAGUGGAGCUGCAGAGUCCCGAGGUGCACAUAAGCCCCCUGCCCUCCCUGCUGAAGCAGAAGGGUUUGAAGACUAUGCACAUCAAUGGCUGGAAGGAGAAAGCCAUUGCAACCUUUCACGUAGCCAUUGCCAAAUUCCAGUCCUUUGAGUGUGAAGUUAUGCCUGCUGUGUGGAAGGAAAUAGAAACUGAGAUCUGUGGGGCCCUGACGGAGGCCGUCGUCAUAGUCCCCGACAUGGCUAGAGGGGUGGUAGCUCUAGCGGGCCUAGCCGAGGAUGUCAAAAGGCUCAAGGAUGUACUGGAGAGCAGUGUUGGAACAGCCACCAGAAAGUUAGAGAGGCAGAGGGACAGUAUCACGGAGGAGGUCCCUUUGGAGCCUUCUCUCUACUAUAUCCUGCGACAAGAUGGGCUGCCUCAGAAAAUUGCUGCCGGCUAUCCAGAGCUGAAGAUGACUUACAGUCAAGAAGGCCAGAAGAUGAUCCUCUGUGGAUUGUUCGCUGAGGUGUAUGCUGCCAAGAUCAAGGUUCUGGAGCAAAUUGUGGCUUUGAAACGGAAGGUGGUGGAGGUUGAAGAGAACGUGCUUUCCUUCCUGUGUGAGGCGGACAAAGAGGAACUCUGCAACACUUUAUUCACGGCAGUGGGGAUCAAGGCCACGUAUGAAACAGACGACAGAAGAGUCCAGCUUGUAGGAGGAACAGACCAAGACCUCUGUGAUGCAGAGAAGCAGCUAAAGACAGCUUUGGGCUCUUACAACAUAAUGGUGGAAGACCAGAAUGUGCUGAGGAAACCAGAAUGGCAGGAUUUAGUCACCCGUUUGAAGGAAUCCUUCAACUCCCCUCUGAGGACAGUGACAGUCCGGAGAAUAGGCAACAACACCAAACAAGAAGUAGUGGUGUCUGGCUUUCAAGACUCAGUUAAUGAAGUUGGGCAAAAGUUGAGGAAUUUUGUGUCCAAUAACACAAUAGAUGAAGUAACUAUGGACAUUAAAUCAAGGGCUACAUUAAAAUUUAUUCAAGACCACAACCGAGAAACCUUGUCAGAGGCCAUUGAUAAAGAUGUACAAGUUAAGUUUAAUUAUGAGACCAGGAGACCAAGCAUCACACUGCAAGGACCCAGAGCUCAUGUGGUAGUGUUUAAGAAUUCACUUCAGAACAUGAUUUCCUCUGUUCAUUUUGACACCAUGAAAAUCACCAAGCCUGGAGCAAAAAAGUUCUUUCAGGAGAAGCAGGAAAUGCUUGUGGGCAUGGCAGCUGAUAAGAUAGGGUGUGUGGUUCAACUGGUGGAGGACUCAGACGAAGGAUUUGAAGAUGACAAGUUUAUCAAAGUGCAGGUGCCUGGUGGAGUGGCAAUCGCCAUUUGCAAAGCUGACAUCUGCCAGUACUUAGCAGAUGCAGUGGUCUAUGCGGCUAAUGAGAAACUUUCCCAAGAAGGUGGACUGGCAGGUGCUCUCCUGAAGGCUGCUGGCCCUAAGCUGCAGGAACAGUGUGACCAUAUCAUCACCACCAAGGGCACACUGUCUCCAGGGGAAGCCGUCAUCACAAACGCCGGCCACCUUCCCUGCAAGUAUGUCAUUCACGCUGUGUGCCCCCGAUUUGACCAGACAGAUGUGCAGACGUCAGUCAGUAUCCUCAGGCAGGCGAUGAAGCAGAGUCUGAUGCUGGCAGAGGAAAAUGGCUGCCUGUCCAUGGCCCUUCCAGCCAUAGGCUCUGGUAACAUGGGCUUCCCACUAGACACGAGCAUCCAAGCCAUCACCGUGGUGAUCAGGGAACACUGUGAUGACCUGUAUGUUGCAAACACCCUAAAGAAAAUCCAUUUGGUUGCCAACGACGACAAGACAGUUCAAGCCAUUGAAGAUGCUGUGCAGAAGGUCUUCGCCGACUUGGCCACGCCCCAGGCCAGGCUUGCAACUGAAGAAAAGCAGCAUGGAAAAGUGCAGAGUAGCACCAGCCAAGAGAGGGUGCAAACAAAAGAGGGGCUGACUAUUAUCCUGUCAAAAGGGAAUAUCCAGGAUGCAUCAACAGAUGUGAUUGUGAACACCUUGGGAGAGAAGCUCAGCCUCGAAUCUGGCGCUGUUUCCAAGGCAAUCCUGAACGCUGCCGGUCCGGAGCUCCAGAACCUGGUUCAGGCAGAGGCGGCUGGAAACAACCCCGUGAUAGGAGCGGUCCUCAUCACCAAAGGCUGCAACCUGAAGAGCAAACACGUGCUUCAUGCCAUCGCGCCCCACUGGGACAAAGGCAAGGGCAAGACAGAGAAGGUACUGGAAGGCAUUGUGGAAGAAUGUCUUAAGAAAGCGGAGGAGCUCCAGCAAAGAUCCAUCGCAUUCUCAGCCAUUGGCAGUGGAAACCUGGGUUUCCCUAAGGACUUUGUGGCCUCCAUGUUCUUGGGCCAGGUACUCAGCUUCAGCAGCAAGAAACCCAAGCAUCUGCAAGAGGUGGUGAUCGUCCUUCACCCCAGCGAUGCUCAGACCACUCAGGCCUUCUACAAUGAAUUCAGUAAGAAGUUCACAGGUGUCUCUGCCAGCCUGAAACUGCCAACCAAUCCAGCUGCAGCAUCCACACAACCUGGAAAAGGUCUCUUUUCGAAGGUCACCACUAUAAACCAAGGGCAUGAAAUGAGGGUGGGAGGAGUGUUGCUUCAGGUUGUCACAGGUGACAUCACCCAGGAGACCACUGAUGUCAUUGUAAACUCCUCCAAUGCUGACUUCUCCCUCAGAUCAGGUGUCUCAAAGGCCAUUUUAGAUGCAGCUGGUCCAGUCGUGGAUGCAGAGUGCAAGCAACUCGGUGCUCAGGCAAACAAAGAUAUGAUAAUGACCCAGUCAGGCAACCUGAAGAGCAAGAAGGUCAUUCACAUCGUAGGUCAGACCGAUGUCACCAAGAUUACCGGGUCUGUCAAAGCUGUGCUCCAGAUGUGUUCUCAGAACCAGUUCGCCUCAGUUUCCUUCCCUGCCCUCGGAACAGGUCAGGGAGGCGUUAGCCCCUCCCAGGUAGCCGAUGCCAUGCUGGACGCAGUGGCGGAUGUGGUCCAGCAGGACCCUGCCAUGUCAUUGCAGCUGGUCAGGCUGGUCGUCUUCCAGGCACCCAUGCUGACAAACUUCUGCAGCAGCAUGCAGAAGAGAGAGGGCACAGGGACACUAACCAAGGUUCCAAAAACUGGUUCCAAAAGAUUUAAAAUGUUUUCACAACAUGGUGAGAAGGAGGAUAGGAAAAAAGCUAAGAAAUUCAGCCUGGAGGGAAAGACAUUUGACCCGGCAAUCUUCCACCUGUGCGGGGACUCGCAGGAUAGAGUGGAGAAGGGCAAGCGCUGGAUUCAGAACCUGUUCCAGCAAGAGCUGACCUUCCAAGAGAUCAGAGAUGAAGCCAUCCUUGACCUCUCAGAGGAGGACCACAGGAAGCUUAGGGAGCUGCAACAGAGCCUCCAGGUGAGCGUGAAGCUAGAGGAGGGGGAUCCAGAGGCUUCCAUCAUUGUAGAGGGACUCAGUCGGGAUAUCCUAAAGGCUAUGAGCUGCAUCCAGGACAUGCUGAAGAAGGCCCGGACUGAGCAGACCCAGAAGAGGGAUGCAGAGCUUGUCAGUAACCUGGUGGAGUGGCAGUACCAGCAGGGGAGCCAGUAUCUCCCCUUCGACAGCCUGGCGAACCUCCAGCUACAGCGGGCUCUGGAAAGCCAGGAGGCAGACGUUACGAUCGCCAUCCACGGGCAACAAUACAAAGUGUCCCUGCCCGACGGGCCUGCCGUGGACAGCAGUGGCAAUCAGCUCCAAAUAAAAUGCAUCGACAAGCUAGAACCAGAAACACGUGAUCUCCCAAAACACUGGAGUGCAAUGGCGGCUGAUCAACUAUGCCUGAUGAUUCCUCUACAGGCCGGAACACAAGAGCACAAGGAAGUGCUGGGCUUGUUUCAAGCCACCUGUCCAAGACAGGUUUCAAAGAUCGAAAGGGUCCAGAACCCCUGCCUGUGGAAGAACUUUCAGAACUUGAAGCAAACCAUGGAUCAGAGCAACGGGCACCAGAAUAACGAAAGAAGGCUGUUCCACGGGACCAGCCAGCCCACCAUCGACUACAUCAACCGCAAUGGAUUCAACCGCAGCUAUGCUGGGAAAAAUGCUGCUGUCUUGGGGAAUGGAACUUAUUUUGCGGUUUCAGCCAACUACUCGGCCAAUAACACAUACUCAGUGCCUGAUGCCCAGGGUCAGAAGUAUAUGUACCUCUGCAGAGUGCUGACUGGGGAUUUUACGACUGGGAGGGGCGGAAUGAUUGUACCUCCACCCAAGAGCAACAGUUCCCAUCACCUUUACGACAGCGUGACUGACAAUCCUAACAACCCCUCCAUGUUCAUAAUCUUCCACGACAUCCAGGCUUAUCCAGAGUACUUGAUCACUUUCCACUAGAUUCCUCCUCCUCUAUGGAGCAAUACUGUAGCCAAAGGUUAUUGUACACUGCCGUUGCCUUUUCCAAUGCUCUGACUCUUUAUAAUCCUUUUAAAACAAUAAAAUAACAAUAAUGUUGCACUGUA